AUGGAGUGCUACCUGAAUGUGGACUCCAAGGUACCUGAAGGUGUGGACCCUCUCUACACGCUCGCCGUUGAUGUAGAGGGGGGCAGGGUCGGUGCUGCUCCUCCUGAAGUCGACGAUGAUCUCUCUGGUCUUGCUGGUGUUGAGAGCGAGGUUGUUCUCCGAAGACCAGGCCGUCAGCUUCAGGACCUCCUCUCUGUAGGCAGCCUCGUCACCCCUGGAGAUGAGCCCGACCACUGUGGUAUCGUCGGCGAACUUGACGACGUCCAGCAGCUGAUUUGUCAUCGAGAAGAACUUGCUCCUCAGUGGCAUGCGGGGAGCUUCACUUUGAAGCAGGCGACUCCACAGCCACCCUACAUUAAAAAGGAAGAGGAGGAACUCUGGAUCACUCAGGGGGGAGAGUGUCUUCUAGGACCACAGGAGGCUGAUCUCACCGAGUUCCCACUGACCGUUGUCUCUGUGAAGAUUGAAGAAGAUGAAGAGAAACCACAACUAGACAACCUCUUAGCUCCACUAUCAGAUAGUGAGGUCGAAGACGAGGUUGAAGUACCUUUGAGCAGCGAAACAGACUGCGAAGGUGAUGUGAGGACUCGCACUGACAACAAACGCUCAGAAGGCUCUAAAAAGAACAGAGAGAAAAAACAUUUGAGCUGCUCAAUUUGUGCAAAAAUCUUUACUAGAAAGAGCAAUUUGACGCAACACAUGAGAAUACAUACAGGAGAAAAACCAUUUAAUUGCUCAGCUUGUGCUAAAAACUUUACCAAAAAGUGCUAUUUGACUAAACAUGUACAAAUACACACUGGACAUAAACCGUUUCGUUGUUCAGUCUGUGGUAAAAGCUUUGGUCAAAAGAGUAAUUUGACUGAACACAUUAAAACACAUACCGGAGAAAAACCCUAUAGUUGCUCAGUUUGUGGUAAAAGCUUUUCUCAAAGCACCCACUUGACUGAACACACGAAUAGACACACAGGACAAAAGAAAUUUGACUGUAGAUUGUGUGGUAAAAGUUUUUUUUCCAAGCAAAGUUUGACCCAACACAUGAUGACACAUACGGGACAAAAACCUUUUAAUUGUUCAGUUUGUGGUAAACGCUUUUCUCAAAAGUGCCACUUGACUGAACACAUGAAAAGACACACCGGACAAACAAAAUUUGAUUGUACAGUUUGUGGUAAAACCUUGGUGUCCAGAUUAGGUUUUAUUCAACACACAAUGAAGCACACUGGAGAAAAACCAUUUAGUUGUUCCGUUUGUGAUCAAAGAUUCCAUCGUAAUGCAGACGCACUAAAACACAUAACAACACACACGGGAGAAUAAACAAUCAGCUGUUUAGUUUGUGGUAUGUUGGCUAUAUGUGGCAACACCCAGCCAAACUCAGGGCCUCCUCAAAAUAAGUUCACUGCUUCUUUCACAAAUAUUCGAGGUCUUCAUACAAAUUGGAAUUAUCAUUUUACACCCUCAUGACCCCAUGUCUGUUGUGUUUCUGAGACUUUACUGAAUUGUAAGCAAUAUAAUGCUUGUAGUGCUUGGUUACCCCUUCUUCAGAUGAGACGGAACUAAUGGGUCUAGCUUGGGAGAGAUUGUAGUCUUCUUCAGUGAUGCUUUCCUGGCCUCCAGAAUGUCUGACUUUGAACACUAAUAACAUGGAUACAUCUACCUUAAAGGACACCUUUCAGGUUUGUUUUGAGUCGACAGACCAACAUCAGAUGACUAAGUUUACAAUGUAAUAUUUGAGCAUAUUGACAUAUCCAAGAACUCCAUCCAAAAUCUGAAAUGAUUGUUCUUGGGGAUCUCAAUGGCCAUCAUUAAGACUGACUGGGAAGUAAAAAGACUGACGCUCCUGGGGAAUGUAAUGUGCUCAUGAGCUGCCUAUACUUAACAGCCUCCACUAACUAGCAGGGCUGGACAAUUAUGGCAAAAAAUAAUAAUCUCGAUUGAUUUUAAAAUCACAAUUCAUAACACCAUUAUUCCAUAAUUUGAAAACACAAGUAUUUAUUGUACCACCAAAACUCAACUUUAAAUUUAAAGGGGAACAUUAUCACAAUUUCAGAAGAGUUAAAACCAUUAAAAAUCAGUUCCCAGUGGCUUAUUUUAUUUUUCGAAGUUUUAAAAAUUUUUUUUACCUAUCACGCAAUAUCCCUAAAAAAAGCUUCAAAGUGCCUGAUUUUAACCAUCGUUAUAUACACCCGUCCAUUUUCCUGUGACGUAUAGUAAUUUACGUAAAACCGCGAGUAACGAAUAAAGUUUUCAUCAAUCAAUAUAUUCUGUAGACAUACCCUCAUCUGCUCUCUUUUCCUGAAAGCUGAUCUGUCCAGUUUUGGAGUUGAUGUCAGCAUCUGCUUUGAGUGUCGCAGGAUAUCCACACAUUCUUGCCAUCUCUGUCGUAGCGUAGCUU